CUGUUCUCACACACGACAGAGGAAACAUGAGGCUGUGGGCUACAGUGCUGCUGCUCGCUCUGCUCUCACAGAGUUUUGCUUCAGAGGAGUCAUGUAUGGGUCGCUGUGAGAAUGGCUUUGACGCUAAGAGGAGUUGCCAGUGUGACUCCAUGUGCAAAUAUUACAAGAGCUGCUGCUCCGACUUUGAUGUCACCUGUGGCAUGACGACUCGUGGAGACACAUUUGUGUUAGCAGAGGAUGAUGAUGAUGAAGGCAUCACCCAAGCCCCUGUACGUUCUGCAUUCGACCGGUCUUCAACCUCCAUCAGUCAUAAGCAGGGGCCCACGCAGAGACCAACACAGCGAUCCAUGUCAGACUUCAGACCACAGCAGCAUCCAGAAACCUCUCUUGAAAUGACUAGACCCCCUCGACUGUUGGAUACCAUACUUCAAAGAAUCCCUGUCAGACAAGAACCACUGAUUUCACCGACAGUAAGAGCUUCACAGGAGGUCCCCAGCACGACUAAACGCCCUGAGACUGAAGCACAGGCUGAGACGACCACUGUCCCUGUGACAAAUGCCACCACUGUAGCCCCCGACCCAGACGCAGAGGUCUGCAGUGAGAGACCUUUUGACUCCUUCAUGCAGAUGAAAAAUGGCUCCAUUUAUGCUUUUAGAGGGGACUACUUUUUUGAACUGAACCAGAAGGCAGUGCUUCCUGGUUAUCCAAAGCUCAUAAAGGAUGUGUGGGGCAUCUCUGGGCCAAUUGAUGCUGCCUUCACCAGGGUCAACUGUCAAGGGAAGACCUACAUCUUCAAGGGAAACAAAUAUUGGAGGUUUGAUGAUGGCGUGCUGGAUGAUGAUUAUCCUCGAGAUAUCAGUGUGGGCUUUGAUAAAAUUCCGGAUCAUGUGGAAGCAGCGUUUGCUCUGCCUGCUCCUGGUCAUAAUGGGAAAGAGAAGGUCUACUUUUUCAAAGGAGAUCAGUAUUACACAUACGAGUUUCUGCACCAGCCCUCCCAUGAAGAGUGCAUCUCCAUGUCUGAGAAGUCUCCGUCGACACUAUUCAGGCACUACACAGACGUUUACUACAACAACUUUGAGCAUUUCUUCAGCGAGCUCUUCUCUGCCUUGCCCCAGCAUCACGACAAACACCACUUCAUCGACAAGGACUGGAAGGGCCUCAAGUCUCCGCUGGAUGCUGCCAUGGCCGGCAGAAUCUAUGUCUCAAGGUCAACUGGACACAGAAAUUACUACCAGCCUGACCAGCAGUGGAACCAGCAGAACCAGCAGUACCAGCAGUACCAGCAGUAUGGGCAGCAGUGGGACCAGCAGUAUGGACAGCAAUGGGGUCGAAGGAGGCAGAGCCGUUCUCCCUUCUGGGGGUCCAUGGCAGAGCGGGGUAUGAACAUGGGUCAGGAGUUUGCAGAGAGGGGGAUGGAAAUGGGCCUGAGGUUGGCAGAGAGGAGGAUGGAGAUGGAGGAGAGGCUCGGAAGAGACUGGGACAGACGCUGGGAUCAAGACUGGGACCAAGACAGACGGAGAGACAGUUACAGACAGAACAACAGAGGAAACUACGACUCCAGGGGGGACAGGUCGCACUGGGAGGUGGUCCAGAGGAGUCUGCCCAUACAGAGCGUCUACUUUUUUAAAGGAGAUAAAUACUACAGAGUGGACCUCAAGAGCAAGAGAGUUGACCCUGCCAUGCCUCCAUAUCCCAGAUCCAUCGCCACGUACUGGCUCGGUUGUUCGAACACCCCUGGGGCAGAGAAGUAGUUUCAUAUAUUUUAGGUAUUUUGAAAUAAUGCGACUGUUUCUCAAAUGUAUGGGAUCUGCAGAUCAUUUCAGACUUUGUGCAUAACAUAUCAUUCCCUCAAAGUGAAACAGACUGUGUUAAAAGUGGAAAAAGUGUGUCAGACAAGUUCAAAGUGAUAAACAACCAGCUGUUCUGUGGCUUUGGCAAAUAUUGGAGAUCGAUGGCCCAAGUUCAGCUGGUCGAUUUUCUGAACUGAAACAGAGUUGUGUCACCAGCUGUCAGCAUUGACUGACCUUAUUAUUGAACACCACUUAACUAGAAAUUAGGCUGGUUUAAAUAUCUUUGUAAUUACUUAUUUUAGUUUCUUGACAUUAUUACUUGUACUCAACUACACAUUAGAGAGAAAUUUAGCACCAUGACUUCACUUCAUUAAUCUAGACCAGGGGUGUCCAAACUUUUUUCAAAGAGGGCCACAUUUGAUGUCAGAAUACUUCAGGGC